GGAAGUGGCUCCCGUGUGUUUUUCCCCUUCGGAAGAAGAAGUUUUCGUGGGACCGACGAACCCUGCCCGCUCCCCUUCUCCCCACCCCCCGACCCUCUCUUCUCGCCGCGCCGGAGAUGCGGGCGGAGGAGCGCAAAGGCUCCGGGCGUCGUUAGUAGGGGCUGCCGUCGCAAGACAAAGGAACUGGCAUGUGGCUGCCGUCCCGGAGCCUCUCCCCGCUCAUGCAUCGCCCAGACAAAGGCCGCCUCUCCCUUGCAGCUUUCGGACGAGGGCAGGAAGCGGAGGAAACAUCCGAUCGCACCACGCUGCCUUCCGUCCUGCAAAACUGCCGUCUCUAAGCGUGAGAGAGACGCUCGCCUCCCCACCCCCCGCUUUGCCCUUUGCUCCUUCGACGGGAAGCUCUGUAAAUGUUCCGCCUUGGGCUGACUUGCUACUGGCCAUUGGGGACGGUGAUCCUGGUCCUUUGCGAGUCGGCUGCGGGGAGCCAGCUGAGCCCCGAGAGGAGUUUGGUAUGGGGACCCGGCCUGAGAGCAGAGGUGGUCCUCCCCGCCCGGUAUUUUUACAUCCAGGCUGUGGACACGGAAGGGAAGAGGUUUACCGUCUCUCCGGGUGAAAAUGCAUUCCAAGUAAAGAUCACGGCUCCCGAGGAGCAAUUUACGCGGGUAGGAGUGCAAAUAUUAGACAGGAAAGAUGGCUCCUUCAUCGUCAGGUACAGGAUGUAUGCAAGCUACAAAAACCUGAGAAUCGAGGUUCAGGCCCAAGGUGUGCACAUUGCCGAAUCUCCGUACAGCUUGAAAGGACCCGUCUAUCACGAGAACUGUGAUUGCCCCCAGGAAGAUGGAAAUGCUUGGCUGGAAGAAAUGAGCUGCCCUCCAUCCAUUUUGCAGAUUCAGAGAGAUCUGGCGCAUUUCCCCACAGUCGACCCUGACAAAAUUGCCAAAGAAAUCCCACAGCGGUUUGGGCAGAGGCAGAGCUUGUGCCAUUACACCAUAAAAGACAACAAGGUUUACAUAAAGACCCACGGUGAACAUGUAGGCUUCAGGAUAUUCAUGGAUGCCAUCCUUCUUUCUUUGACUCGGAAAGUGAAAAUGCCAGAUGUCGAGUUUUUUGUCAAUUUGGGAGACUGGCCUUUGGAGAAAAAGAAAUCCUCUCAGGACAUCCACCCCAUAUUUUCCUGGUGCGGUUCCAACGAUUCAAAAGACAUUGUGAUGCCAACCUAUGACCUGACAGACUCCGUUUUAGAAACGAUGGGCCGAGUCAGCCUGGACAUGAUGUCUGUUCAAGCAAACACCGGGCCGCCUUGGGAAGAGAAAAAUGCCACAGCGAUAUGGCGGGGCCGAGACAGCCGCAAAGAAAGGCUCGAACUUGUGAAAAUGAGUAGAAAGUACCCAGAAAUCAUUGAUGCGGCGUUUACAAACUUCUUCUUUUUCAAGCACGAUGAAAGUCUCUAUGGCCCCAUUGUGAAGCAUAUUUCCUUUUUCGAUUUCUUCAAGUAUAAAUACCAAAUUAAUAUUGAUGGCACAGUGGCCGCGUACCGACUGCCUUAUCUGCUAGCAGGAAGUAGCAUAGUGCUAAAGCAGGACUCCAUCUACUACGAACAUUUUUACAACGAGCUACAACCGUGGAAACAUUAUAUUCCUUUCAAAAACGACCUAAGCGAUCUCCUGGAGAAACUGCAGUGGGCCAAAGACCAUGACGAAGAGGCAAAGAAUAUUGCAAAAGCGGGACAAGAAUUUGCAAGAAACAACCUCAUGGGAGACCAUAUAUUUUGCUAUUACUUCAAACUUUUUCAGGAAUAUGCCAAACUACAAGUGACUGAACCGAAAGUGAGAGAUGGCAUGGAGAAAGUGGAACAGCCAGAUGACGACCUUUUCCCCUGUAGUUGCCACCGAAAAAAGGUCAAAGAGGAACUUUAACAAGAAAACUGGUGUUUACAGUAUUUGGAUUUCAGUGUCUUCAGAUGAAAGCAAAAAAAGACAAGUCCGAAUGCCUUCUAUUGUGCAUGCAGUAUUACUACACCUUAGCUUUUAUGAUUUUUUAUUAUUAUUUUUAAAAAUAAAUACUAUUUCCAUAAAGUUGAGAGCA